ACGGAGUAUUAAAUAAGAAAACAAAGAACCCUUUUUUCGAACUGCAACCCUCCAAAGCUUCAAACUUUUAGGAAAUUUUCCCAAGACUAGAGAAAUGGAUGAGGGUAGAGUAGAGAUGGUGCUAGGCAGAAUAAUGGAAUUGAGGUUCAAGAUAACUAAUUGCAUCAGUUAUGGUAGAAAGGAAGGGAGGUAUUUGGGGAAAGGAAGCACAGGAAUGGAUUCAGAGGAGGUAGAGGCUGAAGAAGAAGAAGAAGAAAAAGAAGAAGAUGAAGAAACAUAUUGCCUUUUGAGUAUCCGAGAGGCUAUUGAAAAUCUUGAAGUCCAAGUUUCCUCAUUGCAGGCAAUACACCAGCAACAUGUGUACGAAAAGGCAGAAGCCUUGGCUGGAAUUGCCCAUUCCCAGGACAAGUUGCUCAAGAAGCUGAAAGAGUACAAGGGGGACAAUUUGGACAUUAUAGAAGAGGCCAUUGCUUUUGUUGGUGACACGGCCGAAGAAAGCAACGAUCUCCUACUCCCCCCAUACCCAACCCGACCUUAUUCUCCUUCCCCAGUCGUGGUUUCUCAAAACGGAGUGAUAAGUGGAGCCCGAACGGAGCAAUCGGCAAAGCAUGCCUGCGGGUCCCGCCAAGAAGAGGCGAAAGGUGCAUCAGGAAGGGUGACAUGUUUUCUAGGUGCAGCUGCCAGGGUGGCAUUGACUGUUGCUGGGGUUAUAUCUGCUUUAACAUUGGCUGGGGUUGAGAUCCGUCUAAUGAAAAGACGUAACUGCCCUAAGAUCACAAAUCUGCAGCUGCAGCUGCUUGGGGUUGGCAAGAAAAGGGACAAAGCCGAGUGUCCUCCUGGAAAGGUGCUAGUUUUUGAAAACGGUGAAAGCCGAUGCCUUGUGAGGGAGAGGGUAGAAAUGCCAUUUCACUCUGAUGUUGCGACACCAGAUGUGAGUUAUGGUUGUGGGUGAAAUGGGAACACCUUGUGUGACAAUGUAUUUCGAUUUUACCUUGCUAUGUAAAGUGCGGGUUCUGAAUACGGUCAUGCUACUUGUACACAUAAGUUGUACACAUCUCUUGUACACAUUCUCUAGUUAUCUGAGUACACAGAAGCUUCUAAACGAGCUGCAUGUGUACACAUGCAAUUAGGGGGUGUAUAAGAAAUGUGUACGGCUUAUGUGUACAAAGAGCUUUUUUCUUCUGAAUAACUAUUCGGGCCGUCUCAGUUAGCAAAUUGAGCAUUUAUUAUAUUUAUGUACUUUAAAGAUUGAUGUUGUUCAAUGUAGUGGGGCCAAGUUCAAUGUAAAAAUAGACAUAAAAUUUGGUGAAAUGAAAUGAAAUCUAGAUGUUACCCUAAGUGGAUGAGAUAAAGAUUAUGGGUGUGAGAUGAA